AAGCCUCGGGCCAGCCAUCGCAAAGCCAUGCGGCCUUUCGCGCUCCUGCUGCUCCUAGCCCCGGCCCUCGGGCAGCUCCCACUGCCGCGGGCUCAGCCCCAGCUCCUGGAGCAGGGCCGCAGGGAGCUGGGGAGGGUGCAGGAGCUCUCCCUCCAGCCCGGGACCGGGGAGUGCUGGAGGCGAGCCCUGAGCCUGGCGGAGGGAAGCUGCCAGGAGCUGGGGCAGGAGCAGCAGGACCACAUCGCGCUGGGGUUCACCCGCUGUCACCUGGAGAGUUCCGGAAAAUCCUUCCCGGCUUGCCCGGAGAGCGCUGGCGUUCAGUCCUGCGUGGGGAGCCUGGACUCCGUCUCGUUCCUGGUGUACACCGAGUUUUUCACGCACGCCCACAGCAUCUGUUACUACCUGCAAAGUGAACUCUGGCACCAGCAAAUGGAGGAGACCAUCACGAGGUUGCGGGUUACCUCGGAGAGCGUCUCCCGGCAACUGGAGGCAGCUGACCGCCUGGCCGCUGACAUCAUGGCCGCCCAGAACGUCACCCUCAGGGCCCAGGACCAGGUACUGCGCCAUGGGGAGGUGCUGAAGGCCACACUGCAGGAUUCCACGCAAGGAGUGCAGAGAGUGUUCCGGGAGAUGCAGGACGCCACCCGGGAGCAGCAGCACCAGUUUGCCGAGGUGUUCCGACGCCUCGCCUACCUGCAGCAGUUCCUCCUGCUGGAAACUGGCACCGUCCACGCCCUCGCCUACUACCUGGCAGCAUUCCUGUUGGCGUUCCUGACCACCUGUACCCAGCGCACCUCCUCCGCAAGGUUGACGUUGUUCCUGCUGCUCUCGCUCAGUGUCUACGUGGAGAGGGGUGUCUACUCGAGUGACCAGGGGCCUCAUGAGACCAGCCUGCAGCACACGGAGCGGGUUUACGCUCUGGUCUGGCUGUGGCGGAAGCUGGUGGCCAUCGUUGGGGCACUGAUGCUUGUAUACUCGGCUGUCACCUACCAGGACGUGGCGAGGCAGAACCGCGAGCUCCUGCGCUGCCUCAAAGUGUCGCAGUGCCACCUGCAGAGCACCAUCGAGGAGGCGGGGAGGAUCCUCAGGGACCAGGGGCCGGGUGGACGGCUGAAAGUAGCGGAGCUGGAUUCCGGAUUUGGAGAUGUCCGAACGGGAGACCCGGAAUCUCUCCUGUCAGGAUCAGACCAGCUUCCAGACAAAUCCCUCCAAAUACAACCUGCGCAGGCGGACAGCAGCGGAGAGUGGGGCAGCCGGACUGCACUGAGCUCGGGGGGAGGGGGGGGGGGCAAACCCCCUGGGGAUGGAGACUGGCUUCGCCGGGGCAACUGCAGCCAGACGCAGGGAGACGGCCGCUUCGUUGCUUGGCCCGGCCCAGCCCAGCCCGGCCCAGCAGGCUGUCUGGGGGCUACAUUCCGGAACUCCGAGCUCUCCCCCCUCCCUCAGAUCCAGCUCCGAUAUUCCUGACACUCCGCAGCGGACCUUCGGCCCUGACCUGCCUUCUGUUCUGACCCGCUCUCUCUCAAACCGUCGGGUGAUUUUUUAAUUCUGUCUCACGUUGGUGAAUAAAUGGAUUUUUAACACA